AUGGAUUACAAUCCUUUCAUGACCGGCGAGAACAAUUCGCCUGUAAGAUCACCUCAACCGGCCGCUAGGCGCCAGGAAUCUCCCUGGAGAUCACAGUAUUCCGAAUACAACUCUACGGAAAAUGAUUUAUCUACUGCAUUUCAAGGGUUCCCCUCGGUGGCCCCGGUCCAGCCCCCAUCUCCAUCCAAGGCAGCUGCCAAAUAUUCCCCACAACGAAGAAAUGUCUUCGCGCGUGAUAGCACACCCAACUCACCAGUUCGUCAGAACCGCUACACCGCCAACCUGCACGAAUCUCCAAAGCGUAACGGGCGUGCAAUAAUUGCAAUCGAUGAACCAUCGGACGACGAGCAUGGUGACUUGUACGAUAGCUACUCCUAUGAAAACCCAAGCGUCCAAUCUCGUUCAGUUUCCCACGGUACUCACUCAAAGUAUUCUUUCGAGAGUCAACGGAAAUCCUUUGGUGAUGACAGCACCGUUUUCUCUGGGGACACAUUCGAACAGACACGGUUUCAAGUCAACCAUCCGCAGAAAAACUACAUUAAGCGCGGGAAGUCUGAAGUUAGGAAACUACCUUCUGUCAAAGCUAAAAGGAAUAUAUUGAAGUUGGACAAUCCAAUUCCAAGAGGGCUUCUGGAGAUUCUUCCUAAACGUGAUUCUCCCGAAUUUACCGAGAUGCGAUACACUGCAUGUACCUCCGAACCUGACAGCUACGUGGACGAAGGUUACUCUCUUAGGUUCGCUGAAAUGAACCGCGAAUGCCAAAUAACAGUUUGCAUUACAAUGUACAACGAGGAUAAAUUUGCUCUCUCUAGCACGCUACACUCCGUCAUGAGAAAUAUCUCGCAUAUGUGCAAACGUAAAAAAUCUAGCGUCUGGGGGCCCAAUGGCUGGAAGAAAAUACAAGUUAUUAUCGUUAGCGAUGGUAGGAGAAACAUCAACAAAGGUUCCUUGGAUUAUCUCAGCGCCUUGGGUAUCUACCAGGAAGACAUGACAAAAUCGACUGUAAACGGCGAGCCGGUUAAGGCGCACAUUUUCGAACUCACUACUCAGGUCUCUAUCGAUGCAGAAUUAGACUAUGUGAGCAAAGAAAUUGUACCAGUCCAAGUUGUCUUCUGUCUCAAAGAAGAAAAUCAAAAGAAGAUUAACUCUCAUCGCUGGCUUUUCAAUGCUUUUUGUCCCAUUCUAGACCCAACGGUUAUCAUUCUCGUGGACGUCGGGACAAGACUGAAUGAUACCGCUAUCUAUCAUUUAUGGAAGGCUUUUGACAGAGACUCCAAUGUAGCCGGUGCUGCUGGUCAGAUCAAAACAAUGAAGGGGAAAUGGGGUCUCAAGCUUUUAAAUCCACUUGUGGCAUCUCAAAAUUUUGAGUAUAAAAUUUCUAACAUCCUGGACAAGCCAUUGGAAAGUGUAUUUGGGUAUAUUUCCGUUCUUCCAGGCGCUUUAUCUGCUUACCGCUAUCGCGCUCUUAAGAAUCACGAAGAUGGCACUGGACCUCUAAACUCCUAUUUUCUGGGUGAAACUCAAGAGGGGCGUCAGCAUGACGUUUUUACGGCAAACAUGUACUUAGCUGAGGACAGAAUUUUGUGCUGGGAGUUAGUCGCUAAGAGGAACGCCAAGUGGGUCUUAAAGUAUGUCAAAGAAGCUACUGGUGAAACAGAUGUGCCUGAAGAACCACCCGAGUUCAUUUCACAAAGAAGGCGUUGGUUAAAUGGUGCAAUGUUUGCGGCCCUCUACGCUCAGCUUCAUUUCCCGCAAAUAUGGAAGACGAGACAUUCCACCACCAGAAAAAUUUUCUUCCACUUGGAAUUCUUCUAUCAGUUUGUUCAGAUGCUGUUUUCCUGGUUUUCCAUUUCUAACUUCUUUUUGACAUUUUACUUUUUAGCAGGAUCCAUGAACAAGUUGAUGAAGCACGGAGAUGUCCUGUUCACUUUUUUCAAGUAUUUGAUAAUAUGCGAUCUUGCUGCUCUCUUCAUCAUUUCAAUGGGUAACAGACCGCAGGGCGCUAACCACCUAUUCAUCAUUUCAAUGGUGAUUCUUUCGAUUUGCUCUACUUACGCAUUAGUUUGUGGGCUUGUUUUUUCUUUCAAGACGCUACAGGAUCCAACUGAAAGCAGUAUGGUUUUCUUCAAUAUCGUGGUUUCCCUCCUUUCGACGUAUGGUCUCUAUGCAUUUACGUCCAUCCUGUAUCUCGACCCUUGGCAUCUAAUCACAUCAUCUGUACAAUACCUUUUGAUGCUUCCAUCUUUUAUCUGCACUUUGCAGAUCUUCGCGUUCUGCAAUACUCAUGACGUUUCUUGGGGUACGAAAGGCUCCACAGAAGACACGAAACCCAAAUCUGAGGCCACGGUCAAACAAGGUCCUAAUGGCCAGCAGAUUGUUGAAGGAACAGAGUGGCCUCAAGAGGUUGACAAAAAGUUCGCUGAAAUCAAAAACAGGCUCAAAGAAGAAGAAGUUGUCGAACCCAAGAUUGACGAAGCUCAGAGGAAUAAUGAUUAUUAUCGUGACAUUAGAACACGAAUUGUUAUGAUUUGGAUGCUAUCUAACCUUAUCAUGAUGAUGGUCGUUACUCAGGUCUACGGGCCAGAAGAUACUGCGAAGAACAAGUAUUUGAUUUUCAUUCUUUGGUCGGUUGCCGUUCUGGCAUUGUUCAGGGCCGUUGGAUCGGUGUCAUUCUUGGUACUGAAGUACCUCCGGUUGAUAGUGAGUUACAAGCAUAAAGCGGAGGAUAGCGGCUCCUUCAAUCUUCCCAAUACAAGAAAUAUAUUCAAUAAGGAACCCAAAAUGUAA